AUGGACACCCUGUGCGACUCCGGCUCCAGCUCCUCCGGGGAGUAUCGCUCCAAGUUCUGGGACUCCAACCUGUCCCUGCACGCAGACAACCCGGACCUCACUCCCUGCUUCCAGAACUCCCUGCUGGCCUGGGUCCCCUGCAUCUACCUGUGGGCAGCACUGCCUUGGUACCUGUUCUACCUGCAGCGCCACGACCGAGGCUACAUCAUCCUUUCCUGCCUGUGCAGACUCAAGACGGUCGUGGGCGUCCUGCUGUGGGGUGUCUCCUGGACCGACCUCUUCUACUCCUUCUACCUCUUGAGCCAUGGCUGGGCCCCUGUCCCUGUCUUCUUUAUCACCCCCUUAGUGGUGGGGGUCACCAUGCUGCUGGCCACCGUGUUGAUCCAGUAUGAGCGGUUGAAGGGGGUGCAUUCCUCAGGGGUCCUUAUCAUCUUCUGGUUCCUGUGUGUGACUUGUGCCAUCAUCCCCUUCCGCUCCAAUAUCCUUUCGGCUUUGGCAGAGGGCAGGAUCUCAGAACCCUUCCGCUUUACCACCUUCUACAUCUACUUUACCUUGGUCUUCUUGGCCCUCAUCCUGUCCUGCUUCAGAGAGAAGCUGCCAUUUUUCUCCCCAAAGAAUUUCGACCCUAGACCCUGCCCAGAAGCCAGUGCGGGUUUCCUCUCGCGCCUUUCUUUCUGGUGGUUCACAGAGAUGAUCAUCCUCGGCUAUCGGCGUCCCCUGGAGGAGAAGGACCUCUGGCCCCUGAAUAAAGAGGACAGCUCCCAGGAGGUGAUGCAGAAGCUGCUGGAGGCUUGGAAGAAGCAGCAAAAGCAAGCGGCUCUAAACAAGGCUGUAGUGGUAUCUGGGAAGACAGUCCCCAGUGAGGUUGAGGUGCUGUUGGGGGGCCAGGCCAGGCCCAGGGAGCCCUCCUUCCUGAAGACCCUGCUGGCAACCUUUGGCUACCGCUUACUCGUCUGCGCAUGCUACAAGCUGAUGCAAGACCUGAUCUCCUUCAUCAAUCCGCAGCUGCUCAGCAUCCUCAUCAGAUUUAUUUCAAACCCUGAUGCUCCCAGCUGGUGGGGCUUCCUGCUGGCCGGGCUGAUGUUCGUGUGCUCCAUGGCCCAGACCCUGAUCUUACACCAGUAUUUCCACCGCAUCUUUGUGCUCGGACUGAGGCUUCGGACGGGCAUCAUAGGUCUCAUCUACAGGAAGGCCCUGGUCAUCACCAAUUCAGUCAAACGUGAGUCCACUGUGGGAGAAAUUGUCAACCUCAUGUCAGUGGAUGCCCAGAGCUUCAUGACCACUGCCCCCUACAUCAACCUGGUGUGGUCAGCACCCCUGCAGAUCAUCCUGGCUGUCUACUUCCUCUGGCAGAACCUGGGUCCUUCCGUCCUGGCCGGAGUCACCUUCAUGGUCUUGCUGAUCCCACUCAAUGGAGCCAUAGCCAUGAAGAUGCAGGCUUGGCAGGUAAAGAAAAUGAAGUUCAAAGACUCUCGCAUCAAGCUGAUAAGCGAGAUCUUGGGGGGCAUCAAGAUGCUGAAGCUGUAUGCCUGGGAGCCUGCCUUCCUGAAGCAGGUGGGAGACAUCCGUCUCCAGGAGCUCCGGCUCCUUCGGAAAGCUGCCUACCUCCACGCCAUAUCAACCUUCACCUGGGUCUGCUCCCCUUUUCUGGUGACUCUGGUCACCCUCGGGGUGUACGUGCUGGUGGACCAGAACAACGUGCUGGACGCUGAGAGGGCCUUUGUGUCCGUGUCCCUGUUCAAUAUAUUAAAGGUCCCCCUCAACAUGCUGCCCCAGUUCAUCAGCAGCCUAACCCAGACCAGUGUGUCUCUGAAGCGGAUCCAGCAUUUCCUGAGCCAAGCCCAGCUUGACCCCCGGAGUGUGGAGAGAAAGGCCAUCUCCCCAGGCUAUGCCAUCACCAUACACAAUGGUACCUUCACCUGGGCCCAGGACCUGCCCCCCACCCUGCACAGCCUAGACAUCCAGGUGCCCACAGGAGCCCUGGUGGCCGUGGUGGGACCUGUGGGCUGUGGGAAGUCCUCCCUGGUAUCUGCCUUGCUGGGAGACAUGGAGAAGCUGGAAGGCGAGGUGCAUGUACAGGGCUCCGUGGCCUAUGUGCCCCAGCAGGCAUGGAUCCAGAACUGCACUCUUCAGGACAACGUGCUGUUUGGCCGGCCCCUGGACCCCAAGUGCUACCAACGGGCUCUGGAGGCCUGUGCUCUGCUGCCGGACCUGGAGAUGUUGCCUGGUGGCGACCAGACAGAGAUUGGAGAAAAGGGCAUUAACCUGUCUGGGGGCCAGCGGCAACGGGUCAGUCUCGCCCGAGCUGUUUACAGUGACGCCGACAUAUUAUUGCUGGAUGACCCACUUUCAGCAGUGGAUUCCCAUGUGGCCAAGCAUAUCUUUGACCAAGUCAUCGGGCCAGAAGGGGUGCUGGCAGGCAAGACACGGGUGCUGGUGACACACAGCAUCAGCUUCCUGCCGCAGGCAGACUUCAUCGCAGUGCUCGCUGAUGGACAGGUGUCCGAGGUGGGCUCCUACGCAGCCCUGCUACAGCGCAGAGGCUCCUUUGCCAGCUUCCUACACACCUUCGCACCCAACAGAGAUCACCUGGAUGACAGCAAUGCCGCCCUGGCUGAUGCAAAGGAUGAGGAGGCGCCACUGACUGAAGAUACUCUCGGUGAUCGCACAGACCUGAUGGAUGAUGAGCCAGUCAUGUAUGGAGACAAGAAACAGUUCAUGAGACAGCUGAGUGUCAUAUCCUCAGAAGAGGAGGGCCAGGGCCAGUCUGUGCCCAGGAGACACCUGGGUUCAGCAGAAACUUUAGGGGAGGCAGCAGAGACAGAGCUGAGGGGCGGUGAAGGCAAAGGCACACUGGUGCAGGAGGAGAAAGCAGCAGCGGGCACUGUGAAGCUGAGCGUGUUCAGGGAUUAUGCCAAGGCUGUGGGGCUCUGCACCACACUGGUGGUCUGUCUGUUGUAUGCGGGUCAAAGCGCAGCUGCCAUUGGAGCUGACAUGUGGCUCAGUGCCUGGACCAAUGAGGCUGGGACGGGCCGACAGAACAACACCUCCUUGAGGCUGGGAGUCUAUGCUGCCUUGGGAAUUCUGCAAGGGGUCCUGGUGAUGCUCGCAGCCAUCACUAUGACGGUGGGUGGUGUCCAAGCUGCGGGCUUGCUCCACCAGGAGCUGCUGCACAACAAGAUGCGCUCCCCGCAGUCUUUCUUCGACACCACGCCUUCAGGUCGCAUCCUCAACCUCUUCUCCAAGGACAUCAACAUCAUCGAUGUUGUCCUAGUGCCCGCCACCCUCAUGCUGCUGAACUUCUUCCACAGUGCCUUAUCCACCAUCGUGGUCAUUGUGGCCACCACGCCACUCUUUGCAGUGGUCAUCGUGCCCCUGGCUGCUGUCUACAUCUUUGUGCAGCGCUUUUAUGUGGCCACAUCAAGGCAACUGAAGAGGCUGGAAUCCAUCAGUUGCUCGCCCAUCUACUCCCACUUUUCGGAGACAGUGACGGGUUCUAGUGUCAUCCGAGCCUAUGGCCGUAGUCAGGACUUUGAGGCCAUCAGUGACGCUAAGGUGGACACCAACCAGAAGAUCUGGUACCCCUACAUUGCCUCCAACCGGUGGCUGGGGAUCCAAGUGGAGUCUAUAGGAAACUUUGUGGUGCUCUUUGCUAUACUCUUUAGUGUGGUUGGGAGAAGCAGCCUGAGCCCAGGGCUGGUGGGCCUCUCUGUGUCCUAUGCCCUACAGGUAACUUUGGUCCUGAACUGGAUAAUACGUAUGCUGUCAGAGUUGGAAUCAAAUAUUGUGGCCGUGGAGAGAAUCAAUGAAUACUCUAAGACGGAGACAGAGGCCCCCUGGGUGGUGGCUGGCAGCUGCCCUUCCACGGGCUGGCCCCUGCAGGGCAAGGUGGAGUUCCGAAAUUACUCGGUGCGCUACCGACCAGGCCUGGAGCUGGUGCUGAAGGACCUGACGCUGCAAGUGCACGGCGGCGAGAAGGUGGGGAUUGUGGGGCGCACUGGGGCUGGCAAAUCAUCCAUGACCCUCUGCCUGUUCCGGAUUCUGGAGGCCGCAGAAGGUGAAAUCCUCAUCGACGGCCUAAACGUGGCCAGCAUUGGACUCCACGACCUGCGUUCUCAGCUCACCAUCAUCCCCCAGGACCCCGUCCUGUUUUCGGGGACCCUGCGUAUGAAUCUGGACCCCUUUGGCAAAUAUUCUGAGGAGGACAUUUGGCAGGCCCUGGAGCUGUCCCACCUGCGUGAUUUUGUGAGCUCCCAGCCGGCAGGCCUGGACUUCCAGUGCUCCGAGGGUGGCGAGAACCUCAGCAUAGGGCAGCGGCAGCUGGUGUGCCUGGCCCGAGCCCUGCUCCGCAAGAGCCGCAUCCUGGUUUUAGAUGAGGCCACGGCGGCCAUCGACCUGGAGACGGACAACCUCAUCCAGGCGAACAUCCGUACCCAGUUUGCGGCCUGCACAGUGCUGACCAUCGCACACCGUCUCCACACCAUCAUGGACUACACCAGGGUCCUGGUCCUGGACAAAGGGCUGGUAGCUGAAUUUGACUCUCCGACCAACCUCAUUGCUGCCAAAGGCAUCUUCUACGGGAUGGCCAGAGAUGCUGGACUUGCCUAAGCUGUUUGUGAGAUUUCCUCCUGGUCAUUCCUGGUUUUUGUCAGAAAGGGAAAGGACAUCACAUGUGCUGGAGACAUGGGUUAGGUGUUGCCCAUAAAGCCCUUCACAGGAUAACAGUGCUUUCGAUGAGCAAGUGAGGCCAAACAGGUGACCUCCAUGCCAAGGUCACGGCCAGCUGGAGGCAGAGCCUCGCCUCGUCCUCACAUGCCUGCUUCCUAAUUUAGUGUUAUGUCCCACUGUACUGUCUCAGCCAUUUCAAGGAAUGACCUAUCCAUCCCCCAUGAUUGUUCACAUUUUCUACCCUGAAGUACCUUAUUUUAAAAUAAAG